AUGGCUGGCCCGUAUCCUCAGCUUGUACUGUUUGGCGACUCGCUAUUGCAGCGUUCUGUCGACCUGCAAGACGGGUUUUCCAUGCAGGCUGAACUGCAGUCACGGUUCAUUCGACGGCUUGAUGUUGUGAAUCGUGGCUUCUCGGGUUGGAACACUGCCAAUGCUGUCAAGUUUCUCUCCGAAAUCUUCCCGAAGCCGACAGAAACUUCGCCCAAGAUCAAAUACUUGGUAGUUUUGCUCGGCGCCAAUGAUGCCGCGAUUCCCACCUCUUCACAGCAUGUCCCAAUCGACGAAUAUAAAGAAAACCUGACAAGCAUUGUCACACACCCACACAUUCAAGCACACAACCCAAAGAUAUUAUUGGUUACCCCUCCCCCAGUGGAUGAGAUCAAGUUGACAAAGCUUGGGGAAAACGGUCACGCGCCCGCCGCUCGGUUGUCCGCGGUCACUGCCUCGUACGCGGAAAAGGCGCGAGAAGUUGCCAGUGAGAAUCCAAACGUCAGUUCAGUUGAUCUGUGGAAAGCUAUUAUGGACAAGGCUAUCAGCAUGGCGGCGCCAAACGAUUAUAUACAGGGUGGACAUUUGUUGGGCUCCCCUGAGAACGGUAAGCAGGGUGGAUUGGACAGUCUUCUUCCAGACGGCAUUCAUAUGAAUGGUGAGGCCUACAGAGUAUUCUAUGAUGAACUGAAGUGUUUAAUUGGGGAAGAAUGGGCAAACCUGGCUGCUGAUGAUAGAUCAGGGUACGUCUUCCCUGACUGGCGUGUCCUGAACCCUCUCAAGGAAUGA